UAUUGUAAAGCAUCAGGAGCUAAGGUUAAUGUUGGAAAAAGUUUGAGCAUGAGGGUGGGAAGAGUAAAAGAAAUAACACAACAUAUACCCUUUAAAGAAGAAAAGGAACACAAACAUUUUGGGAAUUUGGGUGGGGAUGGAUUCUAAUAAAGCAGAUAUUUUAAAUUGGGAGAGAGUUUUAAAUGGAAUUGAGAAAAGACUGAGAUUUUGGAAAGCUAGAAUUUGACGAUAAAAGGGAAAGUAUUCAUCUUAAAUGCUUUAAUGUUGUCAAAGGUCUGGCAUGUGUUAGGUGUAACUGCGUUGCCUGAAGUAUACUAUAAAAAAAUUGAUGUAGUUUUUGUGGGGAAAUAGAAGAGCCAAGAUUGCUUAUUAUACUUUGAUUGGUGAGGUAAAAGAAGGAGGUCUGGGACUUUUGGAUAGUUUUUUAAAAAUGAAAGCAUUAACAAUUAAGAUUAUUCAAAGGUUUUUGGAAGGGAAAAUGGAUGUGAUUUGGAAAAGUGUGUUGGAUUAUUAUUUGAAGAAAUGUGGACAUUUUAAUAUGGGAUGUAAUGUUUUAUUGAUGAAGAUGAAGAAACGGAUGAUAGCAGGUCUGCCAAAAUUUUAUGUUGAGGUCUUAGAAUCAUGAGGGGGAUUUUUAGAAAAUGUGUUGAUUAUACCAAAAGCAAGGGCGCAGAUUCUAGAACAACCACUUUAACUGAAUUCAACUAUUUUAAGUGAAGGAAAUAUUUUAUAUUUUAAGGAAUGGUGGGAUGGAGGAUUAAGACAAGUUAAAGAUGUAUUAUAUGAACUAGGAUUUGUACCAUUACAAGAAAUUGUGGAUGCUGGGUAUAAAAGAGUUGUUAAAGCAAAAUUACAAAGACAAUGCCAUGAGUUGAAAAAAGCAAUACCAAAAGAUUGGAUUGAAAUAAUUGAAAAAAAAAUAUGUUGGGCGAUGAGGAUGAAUUACCAGAGACCUAUUUUAAGAAGAAAAAUGGAGAAAAGAUCAAUGAGCUUAUGUACAGUUAAGAGUUUUUAUGCUGUUUUUAGAUAAAAGGCUUUUGUAAGACCUAUAGCACUCAACUAUUGGAAGGAAAGAUAUGAUGAUUUAAAAAGAAAUAUGGCGAAAUGUCAAAAUGAAAUGUAUGGAACCAAUUUUAGAAAAUUUUAAUUAUUUCUUGGGACAUAAUUGCAUAUUAAUAAAAAUGAGACUGUGUAAAAUGGGUAUUAAAUAAGAUAUAAUGACCCAAAGGUUGGUGAUUCAAGCCCACCCACUGACGAAUUAGGCACUUUGCUGCCUUGCAACUGCUAACACGUGCACUGGACAUAGAUCCUGGGCCACCUUCUGUCCAGCGUUACAAGAUACAGUUACACACGAGAGGAUUAUCAGUGCAGCGACACAACAGGACAACUCCUGAGCCUCUCAAUGCCUGAGCUGUUCUCAUCAGAGCAGUCACACAUGGGGAAUAUAACACAAGCUGUGCUAGACUUCAUUAAGAAAGAUUAGAGUAUAUAUGGGAAAGCAGUCAUUUUAUUUUCUACAAAUAUACAUUGAGCUCUAUGACACUGAUCAAACUGUACAAAUAUUAUUUUCUACACACUCCGGUACAGCAGGUGGCGGCAUUCAGCUUUACGCUGCUUUCUGUAACACGCUACACAAGAAGAAGAAGAAGAGGAGAAGGAGGAGGUUAUCCGAAUAUGUGUUUGUUUUGUCUUCUUAGUGUCCAGUGUUUUUCUGCUUCAGUUUCUUCUAGAGUUUCUGCUGGAGAUCAAACUCUUCAGGUCCAUCAUGGAGGACACACACACACCUGGAGUUCUGUAUUUGUUUACAGGAUCCAGUUCAGUUCAUCAGAAGAGAGCAGAAGCAGAGCCCAGCUGUGUGUCUAUGAAGAGUGACGUGUCUAUGGAUCCACCAACAAAUUUUAAGAGUGAAAACACAGGACCUGCUGUCAGCUCAGUUCAUCAGAAGAGAGCAGAAGCAGAGCCCAGCUGUGUGUCUAUGAAGAGUGACGCGUCUAUGGAUCACCCAAUAGAAUUUAAGAGGGAAAACACACGACCUGCUGUCAGUGUGGAUGGAGAUGAUCAGACUGGAGACCUGCAGCAGGGUUCACUCCAAUCAGAACAUGAAGAACUUCAGAGAGUCAAAGAGCAGCACAAAACCAGCAUGAAGAACAAGUAUGAGAGAUUAUUUGAGGGAAUCCACCAUGGAGAGACUCAAACCCUCCUGAACAGCAUCUACACACAGCUCUACAUCAUAGAAGGAGAGAGUGAAGGAGUGAAUGAAGAACAUGAGGUUUUACAGAUGGAGAAAAGAGCCAGAACAAAACCCUCACAACACACUCCAGUCUACUGCAAUGACAUCUUUAAAGCCUCAGCUGGAGCAGGACAUGAGGAGAAGAUCAAGAAGGAGAAAGCCCAGAUCAAGACUGUUCUCACUAAAGGCAUCGCUGGAAUCGGGAAAACCAUCUCUGUGCAGAAGUUCAUUCUGGACUGGGCCGACGGAAAAGCCAAUCAGGAUGUAGAUUUCAUGUUUGUGCUUCCAUUUCGAGAGCUGAACUUGAUCAGAGAUCAUCAGUACAGUCUUCACAGACUUCUGCUGGACUUUCAUCCUGAACUUGAAGAUCUGGAGCCCAAGAUUUAUGAGCAGUGUAGAGUUGUGUUCAUCUUUGAUGGUCUGGAUGAAAGCAGAAUCACACUCAACUUUUCAGAUGAGGAGAAAGUUUGUGCUGUGACUGAAUCUUCAUCAGUGGCUGUGUUGAUGUGGAGCCUCCUGAAAGGAGAACUGCUUCCCUCUGCUCUCAUCUGGAUCACCUCCAGACCAGCAGCAGCCCAUCAGAUCCCCUCCAGAUACAUCAAGCGUCUGACAGAAAUUCAGGGAUUCACUGAGCCUCAGAAGGAGGAAUAUUUCAGGAAGAGAAUCAGCGAUGAGCAUCAAGCCAGCAGAAUCAUCUCCCACAUCAGAAGAGCAAGAAGCCUCCAGAUCAUGUGCCACAUACCCGUCUUCUGCUGGAUCUCCUCCACUGUGCUUCAGAAGCUCCUGGAAGAAGAUGUGAGUGCAGAAAUCCCUCAAACUCUGACUGAGAUGUACAUCCACUUCCUGCUGAUUCAGAUCAACAUGAGGAAGCAGAAGUAUGAAGAGAGGGAUCCAGAGAAACUCCUGCAGUCCAACAGAGGAGUGAUCCUCAAACUUGCUGAAGUGGCUUUUAGACAGCUGAUGAAGGGCAAUGUGAUGUUCUAUGAGGAGGACCUGAUUGAGAGCGGCAUAGACGUCACUGAUGCCUCAGUGUAUUCUGGGAUCUGCACUGAGAUCUUCAAGGAGGAAUUUGUGAUUCAUCAGAGGAAAGUCUACAGCUUCAUCCAUCUCAGCUUUCAGGAGUUUCUGGCUGCUUUCUUUGUGUUUUACUGCCAUUUAACAGAUAAGAGAGAACCACUGAGGGUGAUUUUAGAAUAUUUAUAUAAUCAAUAUCUACAGUCCAGCUCUGUGAACUCUCUGUAUGAUCUGCUCAGAUCAGCAGUAUAUAAAGCUGUCUGGAGAAGAAAUGGUCAUCUGGAUCUGUUCCUGCGGUUCCUGCUGGGCGUCUCACUGGAGUCCAAUCAGAGACUCUUCCAGGAUCUGCUGACACACACAGAGGAGAGCUCAGAGAACAUCAGAGAAAUCACACAGGACAUUAAAGACCAGAUCAAGAGAGAUGACCAUCUCUCAGCUGAAAGAUCCAUCAAUCUGUUCCUCUGUCUGCUGGAGGUGAAAGAUCAGACUCUGGCCAGAGAGAUUCAGGAGUUUGUGAAAUCAGACAAACACUCAGUGAAGUAUCUCUCUCCUGCUCACUGCUCCACAAUCUCCUACAUGAUUGAGAUGUCAGAGGAGCCGCUGGAUGAGUUUGAGCUGCAGAAAUUCAACACAUCAGCUGAGGGAAGACGGAGACUGAUAGCAGCGGUGAGAAACUGCAGAAGAGCUCUGUGA